AUGUCCGAUAUUCAACUCUACCUCUUGGAGGUGGACACGAACAAGGCGGCGGCGCAGCAGAUCGCGCAGCAGAGCGCGAACAAACUGGAGACGCGGCAGGUGAAACUGUCGGAUGUGAUUGCGAGCGUGGGAGCAUACAUCAACGACGAAGGCGAUGCAGUCAUGCGUGCGAAGUCGGUCGCCUACCUGGCAGACGUGCUGGAGAAAGUGCCACCCAGAGCGCUUGCCCUGCAGGAGCGACGGCUGCUGACGGGCUUUGUGCUUGGCCGUAUGGAAGGCGACGUGGAAGGCAGCGGGGCCUCCGCCAGAGCGCUGCUCGCUCUCGAGAAAUUGGGCAAGUGGGAUGCGGAAACGGCACAGAGGGCAAUGACCACCUUCGUGAGCCACACCCAUCCCCUCCGACAGUUCCCAUUGCAGACGGACCGAUAUGCCAUCCUCCAGCUCCUGGAUCUGCUCGUGGCCCGCUACCGCCCGCACAUGAAGCAGCUUCAUGAGCACGAUCCGGAAUGGUUGCGCGCGUUCAUCUCCUAUUUCGACGGCGAAAAGGACCCGCGAAACCUGAUGGUCAUCUUCUCGCUCGUGCGCGUGCCGAUGGCCGAGUGGGAGCUUGGCGGAUACGCACAGGACAUGUUCGACGCCGUCUUCAACUACUUUCCCAUCACAUUUCGGCCGCCGGAGCAUGAUCCAUACGGCAUCACGGCGCAGGAUCUGAAAGAUCGAUUGCGCGAUUGCAUAGCAGCCACCUCGGAUGUUGCGCCAUACGCCUUUCCAGCGUUACUGGACAAGCUGGAUUCGACAUCGAUCAACACCAAGAGGGAUGUCCUGGUGGCAAUUCAGGCAUGCGUCACCGGCUAUUCCACGAACACCAUUCAUCUGUACUCCGUGACUCUUUGGGAUGCGUUAAAGUUCGAAAUCAUCACCGUGCAAGACGAGCAUCUGGCAAAGGAGGCGCUCAAGGCGUUGGCACUCAUAGCACGGAAGUUCGCGAACGCCGACGCACCUCUCAAUGCCUAUCUUCGGCCAAUCAUCAAGGAGUGCAACGAGCACCUGGAAGAUGCGCCGACCAAGCAAUCGCAAGGUGCCGGCCGCAUACUGCUCGCCAUUGCCAAGACAGGCUCACUGGUGGCCGAUAAGAUCGCCAAAGGCAUCCUGCCUACAUUGUUCUCCCUAUACUCAAGUGCAAGCUCGAUCGCGAAAAGGAGAGGUCUCCUAGAGGUAUACAAUCAUCUCGUGGAUGCGUAUCUGGACAUCCAGAAUUCUGGUGGAGAGGUGCACCCGGAGUCUCUGCACACUUUUGUCGGUGAGGCAACUCAAGCUAUGCUCCACGCACUGGCAAAAGCACCUUCUGCCGAGGUCUCGUUCCGGCUCACAGCUUUGCAAGGCCUCAGCAAGCUUGUAAGGGCUCGCAAAGUGUUGUCUGAAGAGCAGACUGGGCUUGCAGUUGGUGCCAUCGUGGAUGUUGUGCUUCAUGAGCGCAUCGAAGGCCAUGGCGACAUCAAGGAUGAAGCGAUCAAGAGUCUCACAGAAAUUGCACGCUCUCUUCCUGACUCCAUACGAAGCCAAGCUGUGCCUGCGUUCAUGGUCCAGCUGCCGGACUUUGCUGAGGACCGAAAGACAUACGGGCCUGUGCUGGAGGCCUUCGCCCAGCUGAGUAGAGAACAACAAGUGUUUGACACGAUCGCGCUUCGAAUCAUGAACAAGCUGAAGGCCGCUAGAUAUCAGAAUGCACCCAAACACUACCAGAAAGAUCUUCUCCUGGCACUACUAUACUGUUUCACAAAUGGCGUACCGCUUCUGGAAGACGGAGUCUUGCGCAGCUCAUACUUUACCGAUUACGCCCAACCCUUGAUUCAGCAGGUCCGUGAAGCAUUGCCAUCGCAACGUGACGACAUGACAACAGACAUCAUCGGACGGAUCACGAACAUCAUUCUUCGACAACAGACACCUCACUUUCAAAGCACAGUCUACAACAAGAAUGUCGACUGGCUGUCGUCAGCAUCGACAGAUGGUGUUGGGAAAAGCACAGAUGAGCUCAGAGCAUUUGCGCCUUUCCUUUUGUAUUACUAUGCCGCCAUACGGCCAGAAAUCGCUGAAGCGAACGAUGUGCUUUCAUCGCUGCGAGCUCAAUCUACCUAUCUUCUUGGUUCAGAUACAGAUCCUAUCGGCUUCACAAUAGCUUUACGCCACGUGUCGCUUUUGGUCAACAAAUUCUUCGACCCAAAGGCUGUCGAUAAAGCGCUGGAAGAUGCCGGGCUUGAAGUAUCUGUCUUACUUAGUGGCGGCAAUUCCACGCACAAGCUUGAUGCGGCCUUCGCGGUGGUGAAAGCUCUUUUGAUUCAAGGUCGAUCCGGUGCCCUCACUUCGAAGUACUUGCAACUCCUUCUCCAAAACCUUGCAGUCACCGAUAGGUCAUUCGCGCGAAGGUUCGCGGGACUCUUGGCUCCGGAUGAUAUUCUGACCAAGGAGAACCACUGCACGGUGUCUGGCCUGUACAAGCAGAAGACUUUCGGUCACACGAUACCGGCUAUGAUCGAAAACGUAAAGACAGCUGAACCGUCAGUCAAGCCGAACUAUCUGAUAGCGAUGUCUGGAAUUCUGCGAUGGCUGCCAUACGCACUCAUGGAAUCGUCACUGCCUUCUCUGGCUCCCUCGCUCCUCCAGAGCUUGGAUCUCAAUGACGCGGCAGAUCAAGAAGUCAAGUAUUCGACUCUGACUAUAUUUGAAUCUCUUCUCAUGCAUGAUGCUCAAAUUGCGGAAGAGCACUCUGCGUCACUCAUUACGAGGUUACUGAACUCCACAUCCACGCCAGGAAACCAGGCCAAAGUCAGAGCGAAAGCACUCCAAUGCUUAUCAUUGGUGCCUCGCCAAUUGAAGCGGGAAGCCGUUGUGCCUUACCGAAGGCCGGUCGUGAAGAAGCUGCUGGGAUGCCUGGAUGACGGCAAACGAAGCGUGAGACACGAAGCGGUCAAGUGCAGGAGUGCAUGGCUUGCUCUUGACGAGGGUACCGAAGAAGAGGAAUAGUAAUGCCAAGAUGACAUUGUUACUAGAACGACAUAGACUACACUGCACUUCGGGAUCCGGUUCG